AUGCACUGUGGUGGUGGUGGUAGAGUUGUUAGCCGAACAUCAUCUGUUGAUAGUAAUGGAUUUCCAGUCAAAGAUAGCGACGCUAUAAAACUUUUCGUUGGUCAGAUCCCAAGAAAUUUAGAAGAAAAAGAUCUACGACACCUCUUUGAAUCAUUUGGAAAGAUCUAUGAAUUUACAAUCCUAAAAGACAAAUACACCGGUUUACAUAAAGGCUGCGCAUUUCUCACCUACUGCCAUCGAGAAAGUGCUAUCAAAUGUCAAACCGCUUUACAUGAUCAGAAAACAUUGCCUGGAAUGAACCGUGCAAUGCAAGUUAAACCAGCAGAUAGUGAAAGUCGUCCAAAUUCACCUAAAAAUUCCGAAGAGCGUAAGCUUUUUGUUGGGAUGUUAUCGAAACAACAGGGUGAAGACGAUGUUCGAGCAUUAUUCGCACCUUUUGGUUCUAUUGACGAGGUGACAGUUCUUCGUGGUGCAGACGGUUUAUCAAAAGGUUGUGCAUUCGUAAAAUUUGCGGCUCAUUCACAGGCGGCAAUGGCAAUUAACGCAUUGCAUGGAAGUCAAACAAUGCCUGGUGCCUCAUCGUCCUUGGUAGUUAAAUUUGCGGAUACGGAAAAAGAGAGGCAACUCCGUCGUAUGCAGCAGAUGGCUGCACAAAUGGGUCUUCUUAAUCCAGCACUUAUUAAUCAUGCAACUGUCUAUAACGCUGCUUAUCAACAACUUAUGCAGCAACAAGCAGCAUUAGCAGCAUCACAAUCAAAUUUGGCUGCAUAUUUUCCAGUAGCGAUUGCACCACAGACUAUGCUUGCCGGGCUAACAAAUUCUUCGACUCCUUCCACAACAUUCUUAACACAACAUUCCUUACAACCUUUAUCAACAUUAACGAUAUCUACUCCACCAGGAUCACUUCAAGCUUUAUCAGCUUUAUCACAACCAUAUACAACUACUGAAUAUGCGACAAAUGGUAUUACACCAUAUUCUCCACCGGCUGCUGUAACAGCUACUAAUGAGGCUGCUGCUGCUGCUGCUGCUGCUGCUGCCGCUGCCGCUGCUGCUGCUGCCGCCGCCCCUUAUACACUGCCAACUGUAUAUAAUCCUUUGGUAGGAAUAGAACAACAGCAUAAUCCUUAUAAUCAAGCUCUUCAACAAGCUAUUGUUCUUCAGCAAGCUGCUGCUCUAUUUCCUGGUGUUCAAAAAGAAGUUCUUGGACCAGAAGGCUGCAAUCUCUUUAUUUAUCAUCUACCACAAGAAUUUGGCGAUGCUGAACUCAUGCAAAUGUUUUUACCAUUUGGUCAUGUUAUUAGUGCAAAAGUCUUCAUAGAUCGUGCGACAAAUCAAAGCAAAUGCUUCGGAUUUGUCUCAUACGACAAUACGGCCUCAGCGAUGGCAGCAAUUCAAGCAAUGAAUGGAUUUCAAAUUGGCAUGAAGCGGUUGAAAGUUCAACUUAAGCGACCACGAGAUAAACCGUACUGA